CUAUAGAAGAUGGGGAUAAAACAGUAACCAACAGAAACUCUCUUUACCCCUUUGUUUAAUGGUAUUUGAUUUUUGUCACACCUGCAAUUAUUAUCAAGCUAGUAUUAGGAACAGUUUAAGGUAGGCAGAAUAAUUCCCUCUAUUGGAGUAAUAGCUCUUUUAUAUUGCUCUUGUUUUGAUAUCCUCGCUCUCUUUUUCGCGGGCAUUUUUGAUAGCUGUCAAUCAAAUGCCAACAUUUCAGUGAGGAGCUAGCUGCUAGCACCUAGCCUGACUGAUAUUUUUAUUCCACAAAAAGUUAAACAUGGGGGAACUUACCUCAACUGUGAAAAGUCUCACUGAGCUCCUGCUGCAAAAGCAGCUAACAGAUUAUGAUGAAGUGAUAGAGAAGCUCUUCUCUGAAGUCCCUGGACUUGAGGCUAUGCCCAAAAUACCAGAUCCGCAGCUGGAGGAGUGUGCCAUCAAGCUGUGGAACUGGGGAGUUACUAAGAAUGUGGGUGUCUCAAUAAGUACAAUUCAGAAAGCCCAAGUGCGUCAUGUUGCAUGCAGUCUGUUGUACUGCUGUGAGCCUGAGAACCCAACAGAGGGCACCAUUCGCAAGCAGAUUCUGAUGGCCAGCAAAACAGGGAGAACCUGGCUGGACUGCAAAAAUCCCCAGAUGGCAGAUAAAUACUUAAGCCUUGCUGUCAAGAGCCUUGAAAUCCUCUAUAGCCAACUGAUGUCCAGAGGCAAUGGCACAGCUGACAUCAGUUCAUCCAAGGAGGAUGUGGAGAAGGAUCUACUUCGAAUUCUCUCAUACCAAGCAGAAUCGGCCAUAACUCAAGGCAAUAACAAAGAGGCUGUGGCCUACAUUCAGCGUUGUAAAGACAUGUUGCUGCGACUACCAAAGGAUACUGCAUACCUCUCCCUAAUGUGCUACAACUUUGGAAUAGAUGCUUACGAUGUGAGGAAGUAUGAAGACAGUGCUUUUUGGUUGAGUCAAAGCUAUGAUAUCGGGAAAAUGAAUAUGAAAUAUGGCCCUGGAUCUGAAGUUUUGGCCAAGGCUUUGCGGCUCCUCGCCACUGUUUAUUUGGAGUGGGACUGUGAGAAGUUUGCAGAGAAGGCGCUCAAUGCUGUUAGCUUAGCAAACAAGGAAUGCGUGAGCACGUAUGGACUGUACUUAAAGAUCAAAAUACUCCUGAGAUGUGAGUCAUCAGACAGUGACUUUAGAGCAGGACUUAAUGAGAUGCUGGAAUCAGAAGUUUCUCUUGAGCUGUGCCUAAGCACCGUGAAACUACUAAUCUCUGAAGAGAGAGAAGCGCUGGCUUUUGAGUAUUUGAAACGUGUGUGUCAGCACUUUGAGACAUCCCCUGACCUGGGAACUGCUCUUGUCUUGCACAUUGAGCUGCUGCUGCAGAGAGGCAAAGAGCUGCUGGGCAAACAGAAGAUUGAGGAUAUUAUCACUGGCCACUGUACAGGCAAACAGCUGACCCCACAGGCCCUUACAAGUCUCCAUGUCUUGCUGUGGGAUAAAGCAUCCAAGUACUUUGAGGCUGGAAGCUAUUCUGAGGCUCUUCAGUGGUAUAACUACUCCUUAAGUCUCUUCAAGGGAGGUCAAAUGGAGCCCAACUUAGCCAAACUGCAAAGAAACAGAGCUUCCUGCUUCCUAAAACUUAAGCAACUGGAAAAGGCCAAAGAAGCAAUUAAGGAAGCACAGAGAUGUGAUCCAGACAACAUUUUUACUCAGUUUAGCGUAUACAAGGUGGCUGUGCAGGAGAAUGAGGCAGAGAAAGCCUCAGGUGCAUUGCAUGCAAUGGGACGUCUGUCCAAGAAUCCUGUAGCGUGUGAGGACAGACUGCUGGUGUCGGAGGAUGCUGCUUCCAAUCUCCUGAGUCUGGCUGCUCAGAUCGCUUUGGAGAAUGGACAACUGGAAACCGCCAUGAAAGCACUGGAGAUUUUCUGUGAACACUCCAAAGAUCAAGCACAGGUUCUGGUUGCUCUGAGGUGUUUGGUUCGGCUUGUUCUCUCCACAAUAGAAAAAUUGAGUGAAGAAAUAAGUGAUGUAAGUCUGGAUGUCUUGCUGCCGCAUCUAAAAAAGGCUCUGCAGACAAUUUCACACCCCUCUCACAUGACUGUCGAUCAAUGCACAGAGGAAGCUAACUGGUUCAGAAAGAUUGCUUGGAACUUGGCUUUGCAGUGCGAGAGCAGCCCUGACAAAAUGAGAGAUUUCUUUGUGCUCUCUUACCAGUUCUCCCAGCUGUGCCCACCUGAUCGCACUCUACUCAUGGGCCAGAGGACAUGUCUGCUAAUGGCUGCUGCUGCUUCUUUGGAGCUCGGCAGGAAGUCUUCUCACCCUACCCAGGAGUUCACUCAGGCUCUGGAGCACAUUCAGAUCUGUUCAGAGGUGUGGAAAACCCUGAAAGCAUCAGGAAGCUUUCCGAUGGACCCGACAGACUCUCUACUACUGCUGUAUGAAUUUGAAGCUCGUGCUAAACUGAAUGAUCCCAUGGUUGAGGCAAUACUGGAGUCUGUGUUGGAGCUUGAAAACAUUGAACCCAAAAUGUUAGAGACCAUGGCAGCCUUGGCAAUGGAGCCUCCAGCCUAUUUCCCUCUGCCGUGCAAGAAGGCCUUGAGGGUUGCUCUCUUUCUGCACAAGAAACAACCACAGGCUGACCUGGCGCACUGCAGCAAGUGUGUUCACAGCCUCAUCAAGCUGUCCCUCCCAAGUGGCGUGUCAGAGGUGGAGGCCCAUGUGCUCGAGGAGGUGUGGAACUACUACGAGGAGGCCCUGUCCAUCAUUGCAGCCGCACCGGACGACUUCCCAGAGAUGGAGACCUUGUGGUUGCUGACUCAGGCUUGGAACACUGGGAUUUUGCUGUACAGCUUGGCUCAAUACCCCGAAGCUGAGAAGUGGUGUGGCCUGGCCAUGAGCUUCGUCCGCCACCUGGGAUCUCUACAGGAGAGCUAUGAGACACAGAUGUCUGGUCUCUACAGCAAAAUCCUGGACAGAUUGGACAAAGCAAAGAAAAAUGUCAGCAUGAAAGAAUAGACAAAAAGGUAUAGGUCAGCUGUUGGGAGCCUGGUGCACGCCUGUUCUUUGGGGAAACCUACGUUUAUUCAGUUCAGUUUUCAACACCCUAACGUUCUCAAUGUUAUGAGAAAUAUUUACCAGAAAUUCCAGUUUGGCAUGUUCUUUUACAUUAUUUUAACUGUGACGUAUUCUGGUAGACUAGUACAUUCAUUUCUGGUCUGAUUCUUACCUGAACACUUGUUCUAAGCUCCUACCCAUUAGUUUCUGUUGGAAAAGUAAUAAAUUAAAAAAAUAAAAAUAAAAAAAUCUACCACUGCAGUAGUUGUUUUUAAAGCCAAUCUGUAUCCCAAAGUAGAAUAAAAGGCACAUUAAAAUCAUAUCUGAGUCACAUAUUUUAUUUUCAAACAAAUAAACUCUUGUCAAGUCCCAAAAUAAAACCCAAACAAAAGUUGCAGGACUGUGUUCCCUCAUGACUAGGACAGGGAAGACCAUGAGGCCAAGUGUCCUGAUAGGCUGUACUACCUGCAGUGACAGGAAGGAAACUACUGUACAAUCAAAGGGUUCAUGUUUGCAAGCACUUACUGCACAGAUGUGCUAUAACAUAAACAUAUCAUCACCCAAAAGUACAAACAAGAACCCUGACCCCCCCACCCAAAAAAAUAAAAGUAUAUAUGUCGUCAUUUCUCUCAUCAGAACAAAGACCCUCGUCAAUUAUACACACACAGAGGCAUUCAGGUUCCAUCUUAUCACAACCUCAAUGGAAAAGUGUAAAAUGAAAUCAAGUUCUUUGGGCUUUGACAUGGCUGACUGAGGUAUGAAUACCACACACAUUGUUAACAGUCAGCUGUAUUUCAACUAAACACCAGAGUGGACCAAUUCUAAACCUCUAAUAAUGUAUUGAUCAAUGCUCCUGCUUCCUGUGAUAUUGUGUAGGUUUCUGCCUGCAUCACUUUAUUUUACAAUAUAUUGUUUUGUUUUUUUAAAAUCUAUACACCCAGACACGUUCCACAAGAAAUCACAUGUAGACAGGCCCUACUUGAGGGAACCGAAUUCCCAACUGACUAGUUAGUGUUCCAAUAGGCAUUUGAAGAGAAAUACCAACAAUACAGCACAUUUGUAUGGAAAUUAUAUCUCAAGAGUAGCUCAAACUUUACUUACCUGACAUUUGUGGUCUAUAAAACAUGUUUUUCCCAGUUUGAUUCACACAUGCAUGAAGCACAGGUGAGGGGGAUCUGCUGGGGGCUUAUUUACAUUGUACAGCUACCACACCCUUUGAAACAGUCUGCAAGCAGUUUAUAAAUGGCUCUGUUCCCUUCGGUAAUUCCCUGAACUCUGGUUUUGACACAGGUAAUGACAGCUGGUUUAGCAGUGGUGCCUGGCAGGUGGGCACACCUGUUCAGAAAAUGCCUGCAGGUACAGGUGCUCUGUGGGUGGGAGAGAGCAAGGGACCCAGGGGUCUAGGUUAACACUUCUUGUUUGGGUCUGGCUCUCUGAGGAGGAAAAAAAAAAAAAAAAAA